CACUCUCCGCUCAGAGCCGACAACCAGCCGACCCUCAGCCAUGACCUCCUUCUCCAGCCGCAGCAGCCUCAUGUCCUCCUCCUCCUCCUCCUCUUCCCGCCGUGUUGGCAGCAUGGGGGCCGGCAGUGUGUACGGAGGAGCUGGAGGGACGGGAAUCCGUGUCUCCAAGGCCUCCUUCUCCUCCUCCUCCGCCGCCAGUGCUGGCAGCGCUUUCAACCUGUCCGACGCCGUCGACAUCUCAGACAACAAGAAAGUGGCCAUGCAGAACCUCAACGACCGCCUGGCCACCUACCUGGACAAGGUGCGCAGCCUGGAGAGGGCCAACGCCGAGCUGGAGCUGAAGAUCAGACAGUUCCUGGAGAACAAGACCAAACCUGCGUCCCAGGACUGGACCGCGUACUAUGUCCGCAUCAACGACCUGCAGGACCAGAUCAACUCCGCUGCUCGUGGAAACGCCGGCCUUGUCCUCGCCAUCGACAACGCCCGGCUGGCCAGCGACGACUUCAGAGUCAAGUAUGAGCACGAGCUGGCCAUGCGUCAGUCGGUGGAGGCCGACAUCGCCGGGCUGAAGAGAGUCCUGGACGAGCUGACUCUGACAAGAUCCGACCUGGAGAUGCAGAUCGAAGGUCUGAAGGAGGAACUCAUCUUCCUCAAGAAGAACCACGAGGAGGACCUGCUGGCCCUACGGGCCCAGGUGGGAGGCCAGGUCAACGUGGAGGUGGACGCCGCUCCGCAGCAGGACCUGUCCGCUGUCAUGGCUGGAAUCAGAGAACACUACGAGACCGUAGCCACCAAAAACCGCGCAGAGCUGGAGUCCUGGUUCCAGACCAAGUCAGCCGAGCUGAACAGAGAGGUGGCUGUGAGCACCGAGACUCUGCAGACGUCCAAGACUGAGAUCUCAGAGGUCAGACGAACUCUUCAGUCUUUGGAAAUCAAACUGCAGGCUGCAAUCAGCAAGAAAGGAGCUGUGGAGGCGACUCUGGCUGAGACCAAGAGCCGCUACGCCAACAUGCUGACAGGUUACCAGAGGCAGGUGGAGGGUCUGGAGGCACAGCUGUCCCACCUCAGGGCCGACCUGGGUAACCAGAAGGCCAUGUACGCCGAGCUGCUGGACAUCAAGACCAGACUGGAGAUGGAGAUCGCCGAGUACAGGAGGCUGCUGGACGGAGAGAGCACCACCGCCACCACUACUACGAAGACGUCCACCACAACUAAGACCUCCAGGGUGGUGGUGAUAACACAGGAAGUGGACGAGUCUGGAACCGUGAUCAGCAGCAGUUAGAUGCCAAUGGAACCAGAAUCAGAUGCUGUAAAGUGUAAACUGAAUCUGCCUCAGGUUCUUUAAUAAAGACGAAGUCUGACAUUG